GUUCGUUUCGACCGUUCAUUCGCUUCGGCGGGCGCGAGGGACGGGAUAAUGGCGGCAGCGAGCUCGCUCUCCUUCCUCCCCCUCGCGCCGCGGAGGCCUCUCCUACUGAGGCAUGCUGCUCGCCACGGGCGUAGGAAUGUUGGAGGAGCCAUGGGACCCUUGCGGCUCGCGAGGUUGCGGUUGCCCCGCGGCCGUGCAGCCGCCACCGUCGCCGGCGAGGCGGAGUUGCCCAUGGAGGAGGCGGAGGCUGCUCUGAGGGUGGCGGCCGACGACGACAGCAUCACUGCCACAGUGGUAUCCGUGCUGCUCACCCUCGCGUUCGUCGGCCUCUCCCUCCUCACAAUCGGGGUGAUCUACUUGUCCGUGCAGGACUUCUUGCAGAAGAGGGAGAGGGAGAAGUUUGAGAAGGAGGAGGCUGAGAGGCAGAAAGAGGAGGCGAGGAAAAAGAGGGCCAAGGCGAGAAAGAAGAGAAGAAAUUAUUGAUUUCUGGUUCAUAUGGCACCCCAAUAUGUUGCAUGAGCCAAUCCGCCAAAAUUGCUGGAUGGAGCCAUCCAUGUUCUGAUGAGCUUUAUCCCUACUGAUAUGGCAUUUGGUUGGUGAGAUUAAACAUACUUUUUUUUUGUUAGCAUGUUUUAAAUGAUAUUAUCUCCGAAACGGUUUAUCUGAUUUAUGAUCCGACUGUAUAAUUGUAUUCAUUUCAAUUAAAUCAAUAAAACAAGAUCUCGUAUUAUUAUGUUUUGAUAAAAAAAAACUAAAUAUAUGGCAAGUAGGUCCUACAGAAUUUUGGCUAACCUCAUCCAAAUUCUAUCCGUUCAACCAAAUAAUAAAUUGGAUCGCCCUAUCCAUACUACCAAAUAAGAAAUUGGAUCGACCCAUCCAACACAACGUGGAUGAUCAUAUCCUAUUCAACCUUGUCCUCUAACCAAACGUAUCCUUAGUGAACAUACUUCCUCCAUAAGAGUCGCAAUUGUCCUGUUCUUGUUCAUCUUAUGAAGCCUGAGCAUACAGCCCUCUGUUAUAUCAAACAUUAAUACCUGCCAUAUUUAUAUUAUAUGGCGUACUUGAGUAAUUCUUGACUCCUCUAUCCAUUGUAAUUACUUC